AUGACCCAGAUGCCUCCCACGAAUGUGGUCACUAUGAGUUCAAGACCAGUUGGCUUCCUCUCCGGGAGUACGUUGGAAGUCCGCGUUGGCCCCACCAAGCCCACCCUGCCCAACACGUUCACGGCUCGUGUGGAAUGCAAUCUGUUGGACCUGAACCGCUCCACUGACGUUAUCGAGUAUUACGACUUCCCUCACAACCGAGGCGCCAUCUACCAGACGGAGAAGGGAAUGACUGGGCAAAUCGUGUACAACUAUGAUACAAACGAGCUCUUCAUUGUGGACCGCACUGCUACGAAGUCAUGCGUUGUAGACGAACUCACAGAAGACAACAAUGACUUCCUGUUCGGAUAUAAACAGGUAAACCAAAGCACCCGGAUGUUCUCCCCGUCGGCGGCGCUUAGGUUUGGCGGGAAGAUAGUGGAGAAAUACCUGGGCAAGUCACUAGUCCGCGGGAUCGUGGUGGAGGGAUGGCAGUCAUGCUCAUACUGGCCGGAUAUGGACGCCACCAGCAAGGUCACCUGGUACUUCUCCGACGCUUCUGAAUGGACAGAAGCUAUCGGAGGAGAUCGACUUCCGGUUCGCUGUGAGAUUGUCGGGAAAUCCUACAACAGUGAUGGCGGAAGCAAGAGCUACCACCAUAUUUAUGAAUUCACGCACUUCCGGCCGUACAUUGAUGCCAAUCCGGACCACGUCUUCGAGGCCCCAAAAGGCAUGUACUGCGAAAACCGAAAGAGCUUGAAAGCUCUUCCCAUAUCACCGCAGUACUUCCAUUUUGAGACGGAAAUCGUCGUGCCGCAGACGAAAAUAGUCUCAUACAUUGCUGAGUGGUAUGACUACACAUCAAGGCUGGUACGGUGUGAAGUACGUAACCAACACGCAUUUGGGAAAUUGCACAGUGGAGUUAUAGACCCAAAUGGAUUUGAUACCGUUGAAGUGAAUCCACACACAGUCCGUCUGCGGAACCCUAAUCAGUUCUUUGACUUGGACGGAACCUUCCAGUAUGAGGGUGUGCACCGCACCUCGCGUGUGGACUGCGACGGGUGGGUGAGUAAGAAGAAGAGCUUCCCUCCUGUCAUGAACGAGACUGUGACGGAAUGGCUCUUGACAACCGUUUAUGGGUGA